GCAGCUAAAGGUAGCCAUGGGAAGGCCGCCAUGCUGUGACAAGCCUGGGAUCAAGAAAGGUCCAUGGACUCCUGAAGAAGACCUCAUACUUGUCUCUUACAUUCAGGAGCAUGGCCCUGGAAACUGGAGAUCUGUUCCUAUUAAUACAGGGUUGCUGAGAUGCAGUAAGAGCUGCAGACUUAGGUGGACAAAUUAUCUAAGGCCUGGAAUCAAGCGUGGAAGCUUCACUCCACAUGAAGAAGGAAUUAUAAUCCAUCUCCAAGCCUUGCUUGGCAACAAGUGGGCAGCCAUCGCCUCUUAUCUUCCUCAAAGAACAGAUAAUGAUAUCAAGAACUACUGGAACACUCACCUUAAGAAAAAACUUAUUAAGCUACAAGAAACAAUAGGAACUCAUGAUCCUUUUGCCAUUGAAGCAGCGACUGUAAACCCAGAGUUCGCCGGAGUUCAGUUACAGCAACAGCAUCCUCACUCUUCCUCCACCUAUGCUUCUAGCACAGAUAACAUCUCAAGGCUGCUCGAAGGGUGGAUGAGGUCAUCAGAGAAGAACACUAUGCAGUCCUCUGCAAUGGAUAUAAGGAACAGUGGUGACAGUUUGAUAUGUCAUGAGGAGUUUUGCUCUGUGAAGUUGCCGGAGAUGAUGCCUUCGUCGGCGGCGAUGGCGGAGGUGGAGCAGAAUCGAUCUCUGACCUUCUUGGAGAAGUGGCUGUUUGAUGAUGGUACAGGGCAGGUUGAUGGCUUCUUGGAACUGCCCUCUGAUCAGCUUAUUUAAACGACUCGAGUUCUUAAAUAUAUAAGAAAUCAUAUAGAUAUAUUAUGGAUCUAUCUGACAAUUUGUAUGAGAUAGAUUGAGAAUUUGAGAUCAGAAACCUAAGUGUAAAAUAAAGAAAUGCUGGUCUUAUAAUAUAUUAAAUUGGAAUAAUAUUGGCUGCAUUACUGUUUCAAUUAGUUUGGUU